GCGACGUCCGAUGGGUGUGUCGGGCAGGAGGUGAUAUUUGACGGAACCAGCGCGGUCGAGCUGCAGCGGAGCCAAGGGCAACAGGCAGCGGGCGAGAGAUGGCCUCCCCGGACCUGCCGCCCCCCACCAGCCAUGCCCCGCCCGAAGUGCCCCCGGGGGUCAUGCUGUUCCUCACCAUCCCCUACGCCUUCUUCUUGCCGGAGCUGAUAUUUGGGUGCUGGGUCUGGAUCCUGGUAGCUGCCACCCACGUAGCGAACCCAUUACUGCAAGGAUGGGUGCUAUAUGUCUCACUCACCUCAUUUCUCAUCUCCCUGAUGUUCCUGUUGUCUUACUUGUUUGGAUUUUACAAAAGAUACCAGUCCUGGAGAGUCCUGGACAGCCUGUACCACGGCACCACUGGCAUCCUGUACAUGAGUGCCGCUGUCUUACAAGCACACGCCACCAUCGUGUCUGAGACCCAGGACCUGAAUAACUACUUCGUAAACACUGCGGCCUCGUUCUUCGCCUUCAUCACCGCCCUGCUCUACAUCCUCCACGCCUUCAGCAUCUACUACCAUUGACGCGCAGGGAGCCCGGCUGCAGGGAGAGGUGCCCCCUCGACACCUGGAUUAUCGGCUCCCGAAAGUAGCUUUCAACAUUCGCCAUCUGGAUGACAAACAGAAGAUCAACAAGGACAUGGAUGGGAAGGACAGACCAGCCGCUCAGACUGAGGGAUGAGAUCGCACUCUGGCCUAUCAGCUUGGACAUUUUCAUUCAUUAUGGCGAAUAUGAAAAAGCUGGGGAGGGGGCUUGUUUGCUUGUUUGUUGGUUUGGUUUGGUCUUUGCCUGGAAAAGUAAUGUCUCCCCGACAGGGAACCUCACUCUGUUGGAAAACUAAUAAUCUGAAGCCCUUGCCACCUUUGAGAAUCCCAGAUCUGCCAUUGUCGCACCCAGUUUGGGGAUUCUCACUCAGCCAUGAGGUUCCCUACGGCAGGUUGAAGGGAGCAUGCAGUCUUGUUCUUUGACAAUCAAAAUGGUGCUGUCAAUGCCUUCAGAUCUGAAGAGACCCACAGACCUGGUUCCUGGUGCCUGGUUCUGCCUUUGCUUUGGAGCAAUGGUCCAAACCCUCUCUCCCUCUCCCUGGGGGAGCUGACAGGGACCAGCCACACUGCCCCCCCCCAUCCCACACCCCCUUCCCUUUCCUCCCCAGUUUUGGGAUCCAAAGAAAAUUUUCAUAAAAGCAACUUUGAGGGUAGAUUUGUGGGAAAAAUAAGUGACUGACUCUACAAAAUUGUGAUGCAGUAAGACCUGAGGGAGGGAGAAGGGGAGAGAGGGAGAUGCGGCCUGCUUCUCCACUUCUCCGGAAGUCAGGCCUGUCAGAAAACUGCAGGGCUACAGGACUCCUGCGCCAGGCCUCCAGAAGCCCUCCUCCUAAGGACCAGAAGCCACCUUUUCGCUCAGAAAUGACCAUCAAGGAAGGAGGCAGGACGUUCCAUGCAAGGAUUCUUCUGUGGCCUUCUGUCCUGACAUGUGGGACAUCUCAGAAGGCUGGAAAGGACCCCCCGCCCCCCAUCCCAUGUUCUGUGGUCUUCCACCUGCACCCACUCCCCCUGCACUCCCUUGAGUGGUGCCAGCUGGUGGGGCUCAGGGCCUCAUGCAGUGAACGGUUCACACAUCUGGAUGUGCAAAGGCAUUUGUGAUUUGGGGCCAUUCUCAAAGAAAAGGCUGGCGUUCCACACACAGAAGCAUAAAAUCGAGGUGUUUGAUUUCAAAGUAAAUGUUUUUCAAAAGAAAGCUGUGCUCUCUGGCAUCUCUUCAUUGGUGCAGGGGCACCAGCCCCCAGCCUUUGUCUAUAUCCUGAGUCUCCCGACCCUAGGCAAGGAGGGCCCAGCAUGUGUCUGCUAUGGUUUUGAAAUGAAAUAAAUUAUUACGUGAAAGGGACUAGUCUUAGCCAAUUCUAGGGCUUACAGUUUUGUACCAAUGUUUUUCUGCUCCUGGGGGUGUAGAGGGCGGGUACAGAAAGCCACCAAAGAGAAAACUCUGGCUCAUUUUUGUUGACCACUCACUUUCCAACCAUCUUGAAAAGCCACCAUUUAUCCCUCAUUUUAUUGCCUGGGGUGAUUACUGUUCAAUAUUUACCAAGUAGCCAUAUCCAAAUAAAAGUUGUUUGUAGGUAAAAAGUA